AUGCAGUGUUUCAAAUGGUCCGGAAAGCAGACGGGUAGUGGUGAAGCGGUUCAAGUCACUGUCAUUGACUCCAAUGUGGCCGAUAUCGCUUUACCACCAUCACCCAAACGUUCUCGAUCGUCCGAAGCCACUGGUCCAACAGUAGCUGAACAAACCGCAAUCCGUUCCUCCACUGUGACAACCAAUCCGGACAAAGUAAUCACCAACCAACCACGUUCGGGACCGGAACCGGCAACAAAUACGAUCGAUAAGUCGGAGAAAACCAACGAGACCAUGGAUUAGCAGGUACGCGAGAAGCAACGUUUGGCCGAUCUCUACUGUAGUGAGAUUGGGAAUUGCGACAACGCUCUACAUAUUAAGAAGGAAAAGCUAUUGACCAAAAACGCCUGUUUGGCGUGA